AUGCAAUCAUUCAUCCUUCUCGCCGCCGGGUUGGCGACCGCCGCCCACGCAUUCACCCAACCCAAAGAUCAGACAUGGGGCCCGCUGCUCACCCCAGACCUGUCCAACUCCGUCACCCAAGGCAAAGACUUCAGCGUGACCUGGGACCCAUCGGGCCACCCAACCGACGGCGUAACAGUCAGCCUCGUGCUCUGCCACGGUCCUGGCUCGAACUGCGUCCUUUCCGACAGUGCCAUUGCCGAAGGCAUCCCUGCGGCUCAAAAGUCCUUUGACUGGAAAGUUCCCUGCGACCUUGCCCCCGGCACGCAAUCGACCGACACCGGCUACGGCAUGCUGAUCAUUGUCGACGGCACGGGUGAAUUUCAAUACUCGACUCAAUUCUCAGUGCUCAAGAACGACGCGUGCGCCGGCAGCUCUGGCUCCACAUCGUCGCGCCCCAUCACAUUGCCCUCGGCCUCGGGCUCCGCCACCACAACCACCCUCCCAACCGGAGGCUCCUCGAUCAUGCUCGGACCCCCGGCAUACCAAACCGGCUCGUACACCUGGGGCGCCUCCUCCGGCAACUGGUCCACCACCGCGAGCCCGACGGCCAGCACUCUCGCAAACGCGCCGGGUUCGACAGUCAUUGUCUCCACUUCCGGCUCCGUGGUUUACACCUAUGACGGCACCAGCACCGCCGCGGCUGGUACGGCAAGCACGCUCAGCACACUGGGUGCAGGCACGGCCGGUGUCUCCGCAACCGCCACGGGUCCAAGCGCAAGCACGUCGCCGUUCACUGGCGGUGCCGCUCAGCUAGGAUCUAGCCUUGCUGGUAUGGUUGUUGCGGGCGCUGUUGCCGUGUUUGCGUUGUAA